AUGUUGUGGUAUCUACCUCGGAAGUAUCGACCGCCCAUCCUAUUCAAGAUUUUACUCGGGAUCGAACUCCCCGUCACCAUUGCGAUCCUCGCCUUGUUCGGCAUCGCAGCGCCAGAUCUAUAUCGAACAAGACUGUGGAAAGAUGGCGCUCAGAAUGGUUUCAAUAGCGGCCCGGAAGACGAGAUUUACACUCUUGCAAACUAUCGCCCAUACACUACACCCAAGCCUUGGAGUCAAUUUCUUACAAACUUCAACCUAACUAUAUCGGUGUUGAGCUUAUUUCUCAUGCUCGUCAAGGCACCUAUGUUCAUCUUGAACGUCUUUUAUCCUCCACUUUCCGUACUUGUGCACAUAGGAUUGAUCAUUAUUUAUGCUAUUUCAAUCGCAUAUCAAGCGUCUCCCGACAUGUCCGACCCCGAACGCCCGCAACCAGGCGCGCCAUGGUAUCUCACCAAGAAUUGCAACGUCGCUAAGAGUCCUUCCAAUGUUGGUUAUUGCCGGCAAGCAAAGGCAUCAUUUGCUUGCACUGUGUUAAUGCUCGCAAUCUUCAUCGUCCACAGCGUCUACGCUAUCUAUUCUUGCCUCCCCACCGUAGAGAUCCGCGAAAAGCAAAGACAGCGCCUCGAGCGGCGUAAGGAACUCGAAGACCUAAAAAGUCUGAAAUCUCCCACUUACUCUAUGCACACACCCAUGACUCCCGGGGGCACUGGUUUCCCGCCAAUGACGCCUCGUACCCAAGCCUUUAACCGUCUCGGUGGAACCACAGACCUGCCCCUACGAAACCAUUUCCUUCCUCCUGAUAUGCCGAAUGGUUCCCAUUUGAAAAACUUCAGCAUGCCUUCACCUUCGCAGAGCCCCACACCACCGCAGAUGAGUGGGUCUACAACAAAUGGAACACCACCGCCGAAUGGAAACGCAGGAACAGAAGUUCAGAGUCAGGCGACCAUGUAUUUCCCCCCGCCACCAAAGAAGGCAAGUAAAUGA